GGCAAGUGUCAUUUCAGUUUGGUUUUUCUCGUACUUUAUUUUUGUCUUUCAAGCAAAUUUCCUUUAUUACCAAAGUGAUAUUCUUUUAUCAAACAAAAAGUAAAAUGAAAAAAUCUCGAAAUCUACAAGUGAUAUUUAUUCUCUGGACAAUACUCUGCGUCUAUUUUCCAGCAAAUGCAGAGAGAACUCAUGAAAUGAUGUAUGAACCAAUCAGCGGAGCGAGCUGUUUCCGACGUUUGAAUGGAACCCACCAAACUGGUUGUUCUUCUUCUUCAUCGGGCUCAGUUGGUGCUCUGCACGUGGUAAAAACAAUUGAAGAUAUUAAUUUUCUUCUAAAUAAUCCACCUUCGCCACCUUACGCUCCGGUUAUACCACCGCCUUUCUUCACCCGCACCAAUCUGCUUCGUCUAAAAAACGAAGGUGGAAAGAACAUAUCUGUUGUAAUUCUUGUCAAUCGAACAGACAACAUGACUCAAUUCAGUCACGAGUUAACGUGUCCCAAUCAAUACAGUAAUAUCAAUAAUUUUACUUGUGAUGCAACUCGUCCAGAAACCCUAUGGAAUCCCUUUGGCACCGGAUUGUUGCAUGAAGAUUUUCCAUUUCCAAUUUACUAUGUGGCCGAUCCGGAUGAAAAGAAGAAAAUACUCGAUUGUUUUGAAAAGUUCAACAAUUUUGAUUACGAUACACAAGCCACACGGUCUCUGUGCAGCGUCCAAGUGAAUACUUUUAUGUCUGCCGCAGUCAGUUCAGAGGUUUGUAUUCGUAGGACAAACUUUGUCAAUAAUCUCAGUCGAACAAGAUAUUGUGAUCCUCUGGAAGGAAGAAAUAUCUAUGCAACUCUAUUUCCACGGAAUCAAACAGACGAGAAACGAGAAGUCGAUAAGGAAGAAAAGCUUAUUAUGGUGACCACAAGGUUGGAUACAACUUCUAUGUUUGAUGGUGUUGGAUUGGGUGCAAUGGAUUCGCUGUUGUCGUAUGCAACUUUGGUCAAUGUCGCUCAUAUGCUGGCAAGGCUACUGCCUCAGCAUAAAAACGAAAAAUACAACAUUCUCUUUGUGGUCUUUAAUGGAGAAACUUAUGACUACAUUGGCUCCCAACGAUUCGUUUAUGACAUUCAGAACAAAGCCUUCCCAACACGGAGCACACGAACAAAUCCCAUUGACUUUGACAACAUUGCCCUUAUGAUUGACAUCGGAGCUUUAGAUGAAAUGAAUGAAAUCAACCUCCAUUCUCGGCAGAAUAUUCAAUUGGCUUCAGAAUUCUUGGGUAAAGUUCGAAACUACUCAACGGAAUAUGAUUUGAAGGUGAAAUUCAAUUCAGUUUUGAGUGAAAACUUGCCCCCAACAUCGGCGCAGUCGUUCCUCAGAGCGAAUUUAUCAUUCCCCGCCGUGAUUUUGAACUCAAAACCUGCAAAUAAGUUCUAUCACUCAAUCUACGAUGAUCAGUAUAACAUCGGCUUUAGCUAUGGCAAUACGACAAUGGAUUUCAGUGUUCUCAUGGAAAACGAAUUGGCCAGGGAUCAUUUUCAAGUGGAUUCGGUUCAGAUGAAAAUUCGAAAUGUCUCAUCGGCUCUGGCUUUGGGAUUGUAUGAAAUUCUAACAGGGGUUGUUUAUUAUGACAACAAGCUGGCAAAUCCUAUUUUGGUGGAUGAGUUUCUUUUCUGUUUCCUACAAAUGGCCGAUUGUCCACUGUUUAAGGCAGCAUCACAUCCAAAUAGUCAGAUUAGGUUACCUAUUCCACCAUUGAGGUACAUAAGCGUACAAGGAGCAUCACAAGAAGCAUCUGGUUGGUCUUAUAGGCUACUUGGAUAUAUUCUCUCGCAAAAAAUCACAGAAAUUAACAAGGAGAAUUGCACAUAUCUACCGCUACAUUGGUUUGCUGGUUAUGAUGGGAAAGGUGAAUGCCGGAUGACAACACAAAACUAUAGUGUGGCAAUGAGUCCAGCGUUUUUAAUCGACGAUUACGAUUGGAAAUCUGGCCAAUACUCAACUUGGACCGAAUCGACAUGGUCACAACUAAGUGCAAGAAUAUUCCUAAGACCGUCCAAAACCCACGAAACAAUAACACUCUCAAUUGGUAUUGUUGUCGCGAUAUUAUCAUUUUGUAUAGUUUAUUUGAUAAACAGUCGAUCAGAAGUUCUAUUUGAAGAUGCUCCAUCGAGAUCAUCCAUAACGGAACCAGCGGCUUGUUAGUAGUAAUUCAAAAAAUAAAAGAAACAAAAAAUAUUUCUACAUUGAAAAAAAGAAACUUAACAGAAAGACUGCCCUCACUUAGGCGAAAAUUGUAAUAUAGUUUAUAAGUAUUAUUAAAAAACAACAUUCUUAUUAAAUCACCAAUUUUUUUAUUAUUAUUUAAUUUGCCUCCCAUUAAUGAUAUUUUUUUUAAUUAAUUAGAAACAAAAUAAUAUAAAAAUUCCAUUCUUUAAGAAGCUUUAAAAAUUCUUUUGUAAUUUAGUCUCAUAUUAAAAAAAACCAUCAAUCAUUAUGCUUCAAGAAGAACAAAAAAAGAAAUCCUUAAUCAAAUUAUUCCAUUUUUAGAAAGACAUAUUGGGGCGGUACGAAUUUAACAAUUAUUUUGUAAACUUAUUUCGUUUUUUAUUUAACAUUUUAUCCUUUUUAUUUGUAUGCAAUGCAUAAGUAUAAGGGAUUUUGUAGGGUCCUAAAAAAAAUAAUAAAUUGCAUGAAAUCCUGGAGAGGAUUGCCUAUAGAAUGCUUAUAAAUUACCUGAAUUAUACGUUGUCAAUGACAUUUUAAAAAAUGAUUUAGAAUAAUAGUGGUCUAAAUAUAAGAUCAAAGAAUUAACUUGUUUUUAAAUCCGAAGUUGCUUAGCAGAACAAAAAAAAAAAAAAAACUAGAAAAUAGAAUGCUUGC